UUCAAGAAAAGACGCGACGGAUGUAACAAAUAUGGUUAAAAAUAUGAUAAUGAAUCCAAUUUUGGAUAUUUUAAAAGGAUUCGUUGAAGCAAAAAUUGGACACCAUUUUGACUUGAGAUCUGAAUUUUUGGGCAUCACAAAUUCAUGCUCAAGGAUCACUGAGUCAAUAAAAUCAGAAUAUAUUCUUGCAAAAACACUGGCAACUAAAGGAUACACCACCAUCUUAAAUGAAAUUGUGAUCAAUAGGGAGCCAGACUUUGUUUUAAAGAAAGGUGUGCUUACGUCUGGUGAAAAGCUAUCGAAAAUGGCAAUAAUGCCACCAGCGACGUUGGUUAAAUCAUCCAGAGGAGUAUUUUUUAUACAGUUAAAGGAGAACUGUUUUCCAACGAACAGAUAACUACAUUUUUUAUAAAGAACCAAAUUCCUCGAUAAUGUCUUUAGUUAUUAAUGAUUUGUUUCCCGCAAUCCUAAGCCUUUUUCCAAAUGAAAAGCUGAACUUCUACAGAACCGAAAAGAGAGGAAAACUGUAUACCAAAUAUUGCUACUUAAAAAAAAGCUUCAAAAACCGUUUGUUUAUAAUUCCUGUACCUGAAGAAAAUACCAAAGCUGAUAAAAUUACUCGCGAUGAUCAUGCAGAAGAAAUCAUACAGCAUCUUAAAUACGACAAUUUGACAGCAGAAGAAUUCGAAAGCUGCUGGCAGGCCAGUGCAAAUUAUAGAAUUCAUCAAAUAAAGGAAAAAUUUAAUAGCAUUCAACAAGUUUUCGUAGACUGGCCAGAGUAUAAAAAGCCGAACGGAUAUCGAUUGAUUGAUCUAGACUUUGGUACGAUUUUUCCCAAUCAUGAUAAUUUUCUUGUUGACUGGAAGCAAAAAGUUUUGAAGCUCUUUUUACAUCUUAAGAGAAGUGAGUGCUUAAAGGACGGUGCCACAAAAAUCAUUAUCAGCUCUAUGUCCGAAGGGGAUUUAGAAAAAGAUGAAACGUCCUUUGCUUUUAAGACUUUUUGGUGCCUACAUGGAUAUCUUUACCCUACAGGACACGUUAUGAAAAAGGAUAAUACUGGGAAAAGAUGUACAAUCAGAUUCACCAUAAAGGACUCUCAGGAAUCGUAUGCUUUUGUCGGACAAAGUCUUCAAAACCUAGAUGAUUACAUUGAUUUUUUAAGCCAACGUAAAGAAAACAUACAGCCUUUUAUCCUGUCGAUUGAUAGCAGAAAUGGAGCAACUUAUACAGUCACUAGAGAACGAUAAGGAAAAGGAAAUAGCAAGAAAUAAAGUGAGCAAUAGAAUAUUACUUUUCAAACGCAACAUGAAACACAACGAAGCGGAAAAAUUAAUAUUAUCAGCAUUUCAUAAAGCAAAGGCGUUUAUCCAGAAACACAAAAACAACAUUAUUAUAACUGAUGCCGACAAAGGCAACAAAACUGUAGUCAUAUACAAAACAGAGUACCUAGAGAAGAUGAAGAAACUAAUAGAAGACAGAAAUACAUAUAAAUCAAUACGAACUGAUCCUACAAACACUCUUCAAAGAAAAAACAACAAAAUAGUGGACGAACUUUACAAAGGCAAGCACAUAAACUUCAGGGAAAAACAAAAACUCACCUGCACUGCAGCCACCAGAAUUUAUGGCUUGCCUAAAAUACACAAGCCUGGAGUUCCACUUCGUCCUAUUGUCUCUUCUAUUAUGGUCCCCUGUUACAAACUGCCCAAAUAUAUCGGCGAGAUUAUACAAAGUCUAAUUUCGGGAAAAUAUAACGCCAAGAAUGCUUUUGAUCUUAAAGAUAAGUUAACCAACGUCCAUGUGUGUGAUGAAGAUGUUUUAGUUUCGUUUGAUGUCAUUUCCCUAUUCACAAAUAUACCAACGACAUUAGCUUCGAGAAUAAUUAUGAAUAAGUGGGACCUAAUUCAACAGAAAACUU